AUGAUCUCGAUGAUUAAUUAUCCGUCAGAUUCGCCCAAGGAGUUCUAUGGCGGCUCAAAUCCAGAGGGUCGCUUCUAUUUCCCGAAUCGAUACCGUAAAUCCAAGAAAGAGCCGGCACUGGUUGAACAACAAGAACCAGAAAAUGAGGAGAUGAUCAAGGAGACACUGAGAAAGCUCUCUGCCACAAUGUGGACCGAAACAAUCCACCGCCAGAUCGCCAUCAAACUCCAAGAGGAUCCCAGUCCCACUCCCACUCAAAUCAAUCCA